CCAGGAACUGGGCCAGAGGCCAGCCUGCCACUCAGUCCUCCACAUACCCGCAGUGGGGCACCGUCUACAGCCGAGCAGAGAGCGCCAUCGAUGGCGACCGCGAUGGGGACUGGCGCCAUGGCUCCUGCAGCCACACCCUGGCAGAGGAAGAGCCCUGGUGGAGCCUGGAUCUGGGCGCCUCCUACACCAUCUCGGCUGUGGUGGUGAAGAAUCGCCAGGAGUGCUGCUCAGGGCGGCUUCAGGGGGCCCAGAUCCACGUGGGAGACUGUGGGGCCCACCACGGCAAGUGCAACCCAAUCUGUGGGUCCAUCUCGAAUGGCAGCGCCGGCUCUCUCAGCAUCAUCUGUUGUAACGGACGGCGAGGACGUUACGUGACGGUGGUCAUCCCUGGCCAAGCAGAGUACUUGACCCUCUGUGAGCUGGAGGUCUAUGGCUCCAGAGUGGGGGAGGGGUGCUAGAGGCCAUCGAGGGAGGGGGGACUACGAACCGGACUGGAAUG